AUGGCUCAUGAUGACAUUAAACAAUCUGUCGAUGCCGCUAUCAUCAUGUUCCUGGCUAAUGUAAAUGUCAAUGAGCAAAAGGCCGAUCAAAUAUCAUUACAAUUGGCUUCUUAUAUCCAAAAUAAAUCCAUAAAACUUUUAGAUAUCAUAUUGGCUUUAAAAGAUGAAAUGACAUCAGAUGAAGAUUCAAAAAGACAAAAUUCAUUACAUUGUCUUUCAUCCAUAUUAUCAAAUAUUCCACAUGAUCUUUUAUUAAGAAAUGAGAUAUCAGUCAUCUUUAAUUUUUAUAAAUCAAAAUUUGAUGAUGAUAUAUUAAUGAAAUUCACGUUAGAUGCGUUUAACUCUUUAAUUGCAAUGAAAUAUAUUUCUAUAAAUGAAAUUACUACUCUAUUGACCACUUUAAAGGAAUCAUAUGAUCCAAGUAAAUUCUUAGCUGCAACAAGAUUCAUCCCAUUCGAAAUAUUACAAACAAUCUAUAUCAAAGACUUCAUCACAAAGCAUCCAAACUUGAACGAUUUAUUCAUUGAAACUUUCAUUCACAUCGCUACAGGAGAAAAGGAUCCGAAAAAUUUAUUAAUUUCAUUUAAAUUAAAUAAAUUAAUUACAACUAAUUUGAAAAAUGUCACAAAUUUCAAAAAUAAAUUAUUCGAUAUCCUUUUCGCUUAUUUCCCAAUCACUUUUAAACCUCCUAAAAAUGAUCCGUACAAGAUAUCAAAUUCAGAUUUGAAACUAGCCCUAAGAUCAGCUUUAUCAUCAUCUUCAAUCUUCGCAUCAGAUGUCUUUGAUAACUUAAUAGAUAAAAUGUCUGCAUCAUCACCAAUUGUAAAAAAUGAUACUUUAUUAACAAUGAAAUCAUGUAUUGAAAAUUAUGGCGGUCAAUACAUUAUAGAUUCAUGGUUACCCAUUUGGACCUCUUUAAAAUUCGAAUUGAUCCAUAACAGUGAAGGUAGUACAGAAUCUACAAUGUUAAACCCUAUAACUAAUGAAUCCACUACCAUCUCCACCACCACAAAUUCCAUACAAACAAAUUAUCAAAUCGCAUUAAAUAUAAUGAAAAUAAUCGCAAAUGAAUUAGAAAAAUAUAAUCAUGAACAAUUCUUGAAAUUCUUUAAUCAUAUCUUUGAAGAAUUAAAACCAAAUUUCACGUACGAAAAGGAUUUGAAACAAAGUUGUAGUAUAUUAGCAUCCAUUGGUUCAGCUAAUUUAAUCACUUUUAAUACUGUCAUCACAAAUACUUUACCCUUGUUUUUGCAAAAUACUUCAGAAAUACCAAAAUUGAAAUUAUUAUUAAUGAAUUUAUCCUUUUUUUUGGAUUCAUACGUUAACGUAUUCGGCUCCACCACCAUCAUCACUACCACCGCGCAAGAUGAACCAAAAAUCAUUACUGUCCCUGAUAAUAAAUUGUUUGAAUAUAAAGAUGAAAUUUUAAUGAUCUUAGGAAUGGCUUUAACUGGUAAUUCUAAAUUAGAAGUCACAGUAAGAACAUUAUCCAUCAUUCAAUUCACAAAGAUGAUUAAAAUGGUUGGGUAUUUGACUGAAGAUGAAAUUUCAUUAAUCGUUCAAUACAUUACAGAAACAAUCUUAACUGAUUCUAAUAAAAAUAUUUAUUACGCAUGUUUGGAAGGUUUAAAAGUUAUUAGUGAAUUUUAUGAAAAUGUCGUUUUUGAAGUUUCAUUAAAAAAAAUGUUGGAUUUAUUACCUAAUGAUGCAAGUGAAUUCAUUCAUUGGAAUAAUGAUGAAAUUGUCCCCAUUGAAAGAAUUUUGAAAAUUAUAUUGGAUUUCACUACUUCAAGACAUAUCCUUGUGCAAGAAAGUAUCAUAUAUUUAUGUGGUAAAUUAUCUAUCGUCGCUAAGAUUGGAUCUUCAAAUGAUUAUUGUUUCCUUUUGUUAUCCACUUUAUAUUCACUUUUUGAAAAUAAUGUUUCAUUAAUUAAUGAGAAUGACGCUAUUAAUAUUAAAAAUGCUGUAGAAAAUGAUUUGUUUAAUAUAAUGAUUAAUGAUAGACCAAUUGCUGAAGAUGAUCAUAAUUUAUCUUUACUUUCAAACGUUUUAUUCUUUAUUAGUUUGAAAAUUCCAUUGAAAACUCAUCAAGAUCAAUUGAAUAGAUAUAAUAAAAUUUUCAUUGAUGAUUAUAAAAUUUUGGAAAAACCAUCACGUUUAGCAUUACCAUAUUCUAAAAUAUUAAGUGGUCUUGAUAAAAAUGUUCAAAUAUCAAAUGUUGAUGAAAUUUUCCAAGCAAUCGUCGCAUUAUUAACCGAUGAAACUAAAAUGAAAACAACUUUUGAAAAUAUUGGUUAUUUAGAAUUACUAAUGAUCUUAUCAAAUAAAUGGUUAUCUGAGGAUAAAGUAAUUGAAUUUUUCAAAUUCGAUAAUUUAUCCAUUACUAAUUUAGAAAUUUUAACAUGGUUAGGUAAAGGAUUAGUCAUGAAAAAUUCCAAAUAUUCCAAGAAAACUCUUGAAAAUUUUAUCGCAUUAUUAUCCAACGAAGACGUCGGAGUAUUUGUUUCCAAAUUAUUUGAAAUCUUCGUCAUUGAUAUUAAUUCAUUACAAAAAUUUAAAAAUAUAACAUACAAUAAUAAUGUCAAAUUAUUAUACAAACAAAAAUUCUUCAGUGACAUUUUCCAAACAUUAGUGAAUUCUUAUAAAUCUACCCAAGAAAUGACAAUUAAAUGUAAUUAUUUAACUGCAUUAUCAUUAAUCUUAAAGCAUACACCAAGUAAUUUAGUGGAACCAUUCAUUGAAGAUUUAUUACCAUUAUUAUUACAAGCAUUAGAAAUGCCAAAUGCAGAAGUUAGAAUUUCAUCCCUAGGUACAUUAAAGGAUUCUACAGAAAAAUUCCAUCAAUUAAUAACUGAUCAUGUUGAUAUCUUGGUACCAAUGUUAUUGAAAUUGGUUUUACCAGAUAAAUUUAACACCAUUAAUGUAAGAUUACUAAGUUUACAAUUGUUGGAAUUGUUAACUACUGUGGUUCCAUUAAAUUAUUGUGAAAAUUUUAAGCAAACUGUUAUAGAUGGAUUGUUAUUACCACUUUCUGAUAAGAAACGAAUUGUUCGUAAACAGUGUAUAGAUACAAGACAAGCAUAUUUUGAAUUAGGUCAAAUUCCAUUUGAGUAA